AUGACUAACUCAUUGAGUUAUACAGAACUUCUAAAAAAAUAUGAAACUCUAUUAGUUGACUAUCAAAAGCUUCGUCAAGAUCAUAAUAUCUUGAGAAGAGCUUGUUACCAAAUCUUACCGUGGCUUAGAGGUUUAAUCCAAACGUUUGAACAACAGGGUGAUGUACAAGAAGCUGUUAGCGUUACACGUGCUGAGUCAAAAGUCGUUAAAGAACCUCCAGCAAUUCCGAAAAAUCUCGUUCUUCAAAAACGAUUCAAUUUAACUCAAACACGUCUUCAACAACUAAUCGCAAAAAAUCCAACGUCAACGGCUCGCUCGAUCAUGCGUCACGUUUACUCGAAAGAUGAAUUGAUAAACACAAGAGCCGAUGCCAUACCACAAGAAUUUAAAGACGCUGUAAAAAAUUUGGAUGUCGAUGAUGAAAUCGAUGACAAUUCGAGUUCGAUGGAAAAAUCUCAGAUUGAGGAUUCAAAAAGUUUCAUUCAAGAUUUUAUCAAUGAACAGGGCACAUCUUAUGGUCUUCGCUAA